CUUUUCUCCAGCUAUUUCAUUCAUUCUUUCUUUCUUUCACAUGCUUAUGCAUUCAUGCUUCGUUAUUAUUAUUCGAUGCGGUAUUAAUAUUAGGUACAAGGAUAGAUGUUGAGACGGCAAUUACGCUCGUCGAUUCCUGUCGCUUUCACAUUCGAUUUGCUACGAAUAUCAGGACCGGGGCAGCAUAGAUGUCUUAUACGAACGGGGAACGACGAGAAGCGUCAUUACUCGUCCGCACCAAUGCCUCGAAAAGACUCUCUAUACCGGUCGAAUGACGACUCGUCGAAGACCACCGCUACACCUGUUCCUGAAAACGGCGCGAUUCCGCUAAAGCCGGAUCAAAAGUCGGAUUUUGUUAUUACAAAGUACAUGUAUGGCACCAAUGAGUCAAUGCAUCCUCAUAAUCUCCCGCAAAGACCACUCCCAGUUCCGACGUCCAUGGUGGACCUCCCGCAACAGACGCCCCCAGCGUCGACACAACCGCCUCGCAGGUCGCGCCGGUUGAGGAAGCGUGAGGCAUUAGAUCACAUAUCGCGGGGAUGGACGGACCCUCCAAAGGAAGAAAAUAAACAAGCACGACCACUCCCCGCUUCUACGGACCCGUUCCUUGAAGCAGACCACGAAGAGAAAGUCAAACCCCCUGCAACCCCCAUCCCAACACCAGAAUACCUCUCCCAAGCAACCGAACCGCCCCUCGACCUCGACUUCAUCCAACCACUCCUGGUAAUCCUCGACUUAAACGGGACACUACUUCUCCGCAAAAAGGGGCGAAAGACACUAACCUACACGCGCCGGCCAGCCCUGAACCAUUUCCUCGAGCGGCUCACAGCCCGGCAUCUAGUAAUGGUAUGGUCGAGCGCGCGCAACGACACCGUGCAGAAAAUCUGCAAGGAUAUCUUUUCAGCCACACAAUACCGCAAACUAGUCGCAAUCUGGAGCCGCGAGCAGCUGGGCCUCACGCCAGCGCAAUACAAAAGUAAAGUGCAGGUGUACAAGAGACUCGAGAAGGUAUGGGAAGACGCGAAAAUCCAAGCUUCGUUUCCCGGCAACAAGGAUCGCGCGGGCGCGCCGUUGCAUCAUGUCCUCAAGUACCAUCCAGACACGGCGAUAGAGAAGGAGAUGACGGGCGCACGGGAGCUGCGGUGGGACCAGUCAAAUACGAUAUUGAUUGACGAUAGUCUAGUUAAAGCCGCGGGUAAUCCGUAUAAUAUCCUCGAGAUCCCGGAGUUCACGAACGAGCCGGAUGAGGGUGAUGAAAUGGUGUUGCGGUCUGCGCUGGUCAGGAUUAAGAUGCUGGCAAAGACGAAUGAUGUGAGCCGCCGGCUGCACGCAUGGGGCGAGGAAGGGAUCAAGCUGGACCGCGACGAGAUUAUAUCUGCUGCCGAGAGCGAGACGGAGUCGAUCGCGUCGUCGGGGCAGUGCAAAGAGCCGGGCUUGAGUAGGCGGCAAAGCCUGGAUGGGUUGAGCCCUGAGCAAGCGGUGAUUGAAAAGGUGCGGCGUGUGGCGAGGAAGAAGGCCAUGUUGGUGAAUAGACGGGAGGAGAAGGCGAAAAAGAAGAAGAUUAAGAAUUGGCCGAGAAAGACUGAUCCUAAAGCUGCUGCUACAAAAUCGUCUACUCCGCCACAGGACUCUGCUAGUCAGGAUUCUAUACUGAAGACUAGAGAAGAAGGGCAAGGUACAGUGUGAUCUACAGGAUUUUUUUAAGACUUGGUAGAGCGGAUGUUUAUAGUACAUAUUACGUUUCGUGUUCUCUUCGACAUAUGUAGUCAAAGGAACUUGAAAUAUAAUAGAGGACCUUGUCUAGGAUAAUUGAACCCAGUACAUGUACAGAGAAUUAUACGGACUGCGCUUAGGACAGAAGAAUUGUUGA